UGAAACAAUAUUUAUCUUUGGGAUACAAUUUUGUUAUCAUUUCGCAUAGAUAAACGGACAUUCAGUAUUUGAAUUUGAUUUCUUCCAUUCCAUUGAACUGCCCUAACAUGACUUCACUUCUUUCCUCUUCACUCUCUAAUACUAAUCCUCUUUUUCUUUCAUUUUCAAUCUCCUCUUCUUUAUCUUGUAACCGCAAUUUCAAAUUCAAAACUUUUUCCCACCUCAACCAAGAAUCACAUUCUCAUCACCCACCUACAAAUUCUUCAUCUUUAUCCAAAACCAAAAUUUGGGUCAAUCCCUAUACCCCAAAACCUAAACUUCAUCGAAACAAACCCUCUAAUUCUAACAACAGUUUUCUCCUUAAACUCGCCGAGUCUUUGGACUUGUGUGAUCCCACUCAGCAACAAGUCUAUGCAAUUCUUAACGGUUUUGGAAAUGACGGCGUUUCUGAACGAGAUGCUGUUUUCAUUCUUAAUAAGAUGACAAAUCCCAAAACUGCACCCAUUGUUCUUAAUUACCUUAGGGAUAAAGUUCAACAUGUUAGAGAAAAUGGAAUGGUUCUUUACAAUGUAACACUCAAAGUGUGUAGGAAAUGUAAGGAUUUUGAAGGAGCACAGAAGGUGUUUGAUGAAAUGCUUCAAAGAGGGAUAAAACCGAAUAACAUUACAUUUACUACUAUGAUUAACUGUGCUAGGAUGGCUGCUUUACCUGAUAAGGCUGUGGAGUGGUUUGAGAAGAUGCCGGGUUUUGGGUGUGAACCCGAUGCUAUCACUUGCUCGGCUAUGGUGUGUGCUUUUGCGCGUACUAAUCAUGUUGAUAUGGCUCAGCGGUUAUACGAUCGUGCAAAAAUGGAGAAAUGGCCUAUUGAUGUAGUAACAUUUUCAGCAUUGAUUAAGAUGUAUGACUUGUCUGGAAACUAUGAUGGAUGCCUGAAUAUCCACUUAGAAAUGAAGGGUCUUGGUGUGAAGCCUAAUGUGGAAACGUAUAACACUUUGUUGGUUGCCAUGUUGAGAGCCAAGAGGCACUGGCAAGCAAAGACUAUAUAUCAAGAGAUGAAAAGUAAUGGAGUUUCGCCGGAUUUUACAACUUAUUCGACUCUUCUGAGAAUCUUUACUAGAGCACAAUUUGGUCAGGAUGCUCUUGGUGUUUAUAAGGAAAUGAAGGAGAAAGGAAUGAAUGUGAGUAUUGAUCUCUACAAUGUGCUUUUAGCUAUGUGUGCUGAUGUUGGCUGCCAUGAAGAAGCUCUGGAGAUUUAUGAAGACAUGAAAAGUUUGGGGACUUGCCGGCCCGACAGUUGGACAUUUUCAGUCUUGAUUAAUGUGUAUUCAGGCAGUGGGAAAGUUUCCGAGGCGGAAGGGAUGCUGGAUGAAAUGAUCAAAUCUGGAUUCGAGCCUACUAUUUUUGUCAUGGUGUCGCUUGUCCAGUGCUAUGGAAAAGCCAAGCGAAUUGAUGAUGUCGUGAAGGUAUUCAAUCAUUUCUUGAAUCUGGGCAUUGUUCCAGAUGAUCGCUUCUGCGGUUGUCUGCUGAAUGUUAUGACACAAACACCAAAGGAAGAGCUUGGUAAGCUAGUAGAUUGUGUUGAGAAGGUUAAUACAAAGCUUGGGUCUGUUGUAAGAUAUUUGGUCGAAGUGGAAGAGCAGGAGGGUGAUGGAGAUUUCAGAAAGGAAGCAUCAAAACUUUUGAGUUCAAUUAUUGCUGAAGCAAAGAGGCCCAUAUGUAAUUGUCUGAUUGAUCUUUGUGUCAAUCUGAAUCUACCUGAUAGAGCACAUGACCUUCUUGGCAUAGGCUUGACACACGAAAUUUAUAGGAAUAUACAAUCGAGAUCGCAAACAAAGUGGUCUUUGCACUUAAAGAACCUCUCGGUCGGAGCUGCUACGACUGCUUUACAUGUUUGGAUAAAAGACUUGUCUAACUCUUUGGAAUCAGGGGAGGAGUUUCCACCGCUACUUGGAAUUAACACCGGGCGAGGAAAACACAAGCAUUCAUGCAAGGGUUUAGCUAGUGUAUUUAAAUCACAUUUGAAGGAACUCAAUGCUCCGUUCCGUGAAGAUCCAAAUAAGGAUGGCUGGUUUUUGGUUACAAAGGAAGCAGCCAAAUCAUGGCUGGAGUCUAGGGGUUCAACCAAAUCUAUUGCUCCUUUAGACUCUCUGGUUUUAAAUGCUCCAUCAAUGGCCCUUCCCUAUUGAAAAUAUUUAAGGGACUGAUGUGCUGUGUUACUUUCAUGCAUUUUCAUACUCCAAAUUGUGUAAAGAGUGUUCUUACACAGGACUGUCGAGUUCUGAUUCUGAAUCUGAAAUUUUGCUUCAUCAGAUGAAGGACCGUGAGAAGAUCAAUAAUAAGUGAGGUAUUCACAUGUGGGCUGCAAUUCAUAUUACAAUGCUCUGCCUGGUGUGAAUGUGAAUAGAGGGUGCCUUCUUGAAGGCCUUAUGUUGUGAAUGAAAUGUAUCAGAAAAUUGCAACUUCCUUUCAUAACCUUCAGCGUCUGACCUUAGAUUUAUUUGAUGUGCAGAAUCGAAUGCAUUUGGUAGUUUUUGUAAGACUUCAGGGUUGAAGGAACACCAGGUAUUGUAUCAAAAUGUUUUCCAAAAUUAUGGACACAAUAUGAAUUUUAUCCUAUUCUUUCAUUUUUCUUCCCUGUAUUUGAAGUUCUUUUCAUCCUGAAAGUUCAAUAAAAUCAAAUUGUCAUUGCCAUGCUUCACGUGGUAUCUA